AUUUCAAGUCUCCCUCUUCCGUAUCCACCCAGUUCCUUCCUUCUUAAGAGGUCGCUUGGCCUCAUACUUUUUCUGCAAACUUCAUGUAGACACGUGCCUUUUCACAUUUGUAAAUUCGGAUUCACCUAAAAUCCCGUCCACUCACUUCCGCAACUUCGACGUCGCCGUUGGCGCGACUGAUAACCAGCAUGCUCCCACGGAUAGCCCUGUUCUUUGUGGUGGCCUGUUUAGCGCUCCUAGUCGUGGGUGCCGAAGAUUAUUACAAGUUACUUGGGCUCAAAAAAGACGCCUCGGAGCGCGAAAUUAAAAAGGCCUAUCGAACGCUUAGUAAAAAGUACCAUCCCGACAAGAACCCUGGGGACGAUGAAGCGGGGAAGAAGUUUGUCGAAGUAGCCGAAGCCUAUGAGGUUCUGAGCGAAAAAGAGACCCGCAAGAUCUACGACCAAUACGGCCACGAUGGCAUCCAACAGCACAAGCAGGGCGGUGGACCUCGCCAACAACACGACCCCUUCGACCUCUUCUCGCGCUUCUUCGGUGGCUCAGGACACUUUGGACAUCAGGGCGGAGAGCGACGAGGACCAAACAUGGAAGUUAGGGUGGCCGUGCCCCUCCGCGACUUCUACAACGGCCGGAAAACUGAAUUCACAAUCGAGAAGCAAGCUAUUUGCUCGGCCUGCGAGGGCUCGGGCUCAGAAGAUGGACACGUAGAGACCUGUAGUACGUGUGGUGGACGUGGUGUACGUAUACAACGCCAGCAGCUUGCACCGGGAUUGUUCCAGCAAGUACAGGUCCACUGUGACCAAUGUCACGGCAAAGGAAAGAUGAUCAAGAAGCCUUGCCCCGUCUGUGCCGGCAGUCGAGUCAUCCGCGAGGCGGAGACACAUAAACUCGAGAUCGAAAAGGGCAUGCCCAAAGGCGUGCGCAUCACCUACGAGAACGAAGCGGACGAAAGUCCCGACUACGUCGCUGGCGACCUCAUUGUACAUCUCAGUGAAUCAGAACCGGUACUGGGACAGCAAGAGCACGAACGUACCGACGGUACUUUCUUCAGGAGACGGGGCAAAGACCUCUUCUGGCGCGAAGUCCUUUCACUUCGAGAAGCCUGGUUGGGCGACUGGACGCGCAACAUUACGCACCUCGACGGUCACAUUGUCCAACUUUCUCGCAAACGGGGCGAAGUCGUACAACCCAAUCACGUUGAAAUUGUCAAGGAAGAGGGCAUGCCAAUAUGGCAUCAGCACCUCGAGAACAAUGAGGGUCUGCAAUUCGGCAACUUACAUGUUGAGUACGUUGUUGUGCUACCAGAUCAGAUGGAAAAGGGUAUGGAAAAGGACUUUUGGGGUGUAUGGGAAAAGUACAGGAAGAAGGCGGGCGUUAGCAUUGAUGCUGAGCUUGGGAGGAGCUCGGAAGCAAUCAAGAUGCCAGAGCAGGACGAGCACGACGAGUUAUAG